AUGGCGUCCACAAACUCGGUCGACGUCUUGGAUCAGCUUUUUCAAGGACUGCGGAGUAAGAGCACCGAAGUUCGUCUCCAGGCUGCAAUAGACUUGCAACGCUAUGUCUCGAACUCUGUCCAUGAAGCCUCUUCGGACGCUUCUGCAAAGCUGUGGGAGGAUACGAUUAAUCGCAGACUGUUUGAUUUGGUUCACAGUCAGAAUAAUGUAGAGAAGCUCGGCGGCAUUCUCGCCAUUGACUAUCUAUUGAAUACGGAGGGUGAGGGCGCGUUGGAAGUUAGGCGACACUUGUACCGUUUCUACAACUGGGUCAAGACCCUACUCCCAAAUCCCGACAUUAAUGUCAUGCUCGCCGCUUCCAAGACUCUCGGUCAAAUAGCAGCCGUCAGUGGCUCUACGUUUGGCGAUCAUUGGCUUGACUACGAGGUUCCUGGAGCCAUCAAACUGUUGCAGGCAGAUCGACAAGAACCGGGACGGUAUGCGGGUGUCCUGAUUCUGAAGGAGCUUGCUCGAAACAGCCCCACGCUUUUCCAUUCACACAUCGAACUCGUAUUUGAGCAGAUUCUCGUACCGUUGCGAGAUACUCGUGUUAUCGUCAGAGAAAGUGCCGCAGAGUUACUUGCAGCCUGCUUAGAGAUCAUCACCCAGAGAGAGCGACAAGUUCGCAGCCCUUUUCUGAUCAAGAUACUGCAAGAUGCGCAAAUGGGAUUGAAAAUUACCCAGUCGGAAACCAUACAUGGCUCCCUUCUUACAUACAGGGAGCUGUUGCUACAUGGUGGCAUGUUCAUGAAGGAGAACUUUUUGGACGCUGCAGAGCAAAUCCUGUCAUUCAGGACCCAUCGCGACUCACUUGUUCGAAAGAUGGUUAUCACAUUGAUACCAACCCUCGCAGUCUACGAUACGCAAACAUUUUCGGAACAUUUUCUUCACAAGUCUAUGGCCCACUUGUUGACACAGCUUGACAAACCAAACGAGAGAUCAGUCGCUUUUAUCGCGAUCGGCCAUGUGGCCACAGCGAUGGGAAGUGAAAUGAAAUCGUUUCUCGAUUCGAUCAUGGGGCAUAUUAAGCAAGGACUUCAGCUGCGAGGGAAGAAGAAUGCUCCUUCGGAGGAGCCGAUUUUUCAAUGUGUUGGCAUGCUUGCGUCUGCUGUAGGCCCCAAUUUAACAAAGCUUCUGCACGAUCAACUAGAGUUGAUGUUCGCGUGCGGUUUGAGUGAACCUCUUCGCCAAGCGCUCACGGCUAUUGCGACACAUAUCCCUCCUCUCCUCAAGACUAUUCAAGAUCGCUUGCUGGACCUCUUGUCUUUGAUUUUGAACGGCCAACAUUACAAGUCCCUCGGUGCCCCAUCGUCUCUCCUUCGUGGUGAAUCGGGACCAUCGAGUUUUGGAGGACAGAAGAACCCGGAGCUGAUCACGUUGGCACUAGUCACUCUCCGAGAUUUUGACUUUAGUGGUCACGUCCUGAACGAGUUCGUUCGCGACUGCGCUCUGCCGUACUUGGAGGAAGAUCACGCUGAAGUCCGUCGUGCGGCUGCAGAGACUUGUUGCCGCCUGUUUGUACGGGACCCAAUUGUGUACCAAGCAAGCAACCAUUCGAUUGAGAUCAUCAGCGAUGUCAUCGACAAGCUCUUGACGGUAGGAAUAGCGGAUCCAGAUCCCACUAUUCGACAAACUGUUUUAUCUUCGUUGCAUGAGCGCUUCGACAAGCAUCUGGCACAAGCUGAGAACGUCCGAGCUCUAUUCAUUGCGGUCAACGAUGAGGUUUUUGAAAAUCGUGUAACUGCCGUUGGGUUGAUAGGCCGUCUUUCCCUGCACAACCCGGCCUACGUCAUGCCUUCGCUUCGAAAGACGUUGAUACAGCUAUUGACAGAGUUGGAGUAUUCCACGGUGAUACGUAGCAGGGAAGAAUGCACUCGCCUGCUCACACUUCUUGUCAGCGCUACUCAGCGACUAAUAAAACCAUAUGCGCUUCCCAUGUUACGCGUUCUUCUGCCCAAGGCAAACGACAACAACGCCACUGUAGCGGCAAAUAUCCUCAUGUGUCUCGGGGAACUCACGCGUGUUGGUGGGGAAGAUGUUAUGCCCCAUGUUCCAGAGCUGAUGCAAGUCAUCAUGUCGAGGCUCGCCGAUCCUUCGCUUCCAAAGCGAGACGCUGCGCUGCAUACUUUGGGUCAAGUCUGUUCUAGUACGGGCUAUGUCGUCACCCCUUUAGUGGAUCACCCUCAACUGCUUCAGAUCUUAAGUAGAAUUCUAAGGACAGAAUCCAAGCAAAGCGUGAGAAGGGAAGUCAUCAAGGUACUGGGUAUCCUGGGCGCGCUAGAUCCAUAUAGACGCAAGAUAAAACCUGAAGAAGAAGCUCCCACCGAAGUUGCCGCAACUCUUGCAAACACAGCAUACAAGAGUUAUAUUGGCACUAGCACUGCAUCUGACGAUUAUUAUCAGACGGUUGCCAUAAAUGCCCUUCUGGACAUUCUGAAGGACCAACAAGCGUAUGAACGCCAUCACAAAGUCAUCGAGGCUAUCAUGUCCAUAUUCAAGACCCAGGGCCUCAAAUGUGUAACAUUCCUUCCCCAGAUUAUUCCAGCCUUUGCCGCUGUUGCGAGAGCAUCAGGCUCUCGUAUCCAAGUCUUCCACCUGGAACAACUUGCCAUUUUGGUCGGGAUUAUCAAACAGCAUGUCCGCAAUUAUAUGCCAAACAUAUUCGAGCUAGUAACUGAUUUGUGGGAGAAUCCAUCUUUACAACUGCCAUUAGUAUCCCUUGUAGAAGCCCUUGGAAGGGCUCUCGACGCCGAGUUCAAACCCUUUCUCCCAACCAUCUUGCCCCUUUUUUUGAAGGUGUUUGACGGCGAGCUUAAUGACAAGACAAUGAGCACACAAAUCAAGAUCUUCGAUGCAUUCCUGACAUUCGGGGCGAACAUAGAGGAGUAUCUGCAGCUCGUCAUCCCUAUCAUCGUGAAGACGUACGAGAGGCCUGACGCAUCUACGCCGUUGCGCAAACGGGCGGUACAGGUUAUAGACGGACUGUCCCGGAGAGUCAACUUCUCGGAUCAUGCUUCGCGGAUCAUACACCCACUUGUCCGAGUCCUGGCUCAUUCAAACAACGAGUUACGUAUGGCAGUUAUGGAGACAUUGUGCUCGAUGGUAGUACAGCUGGGCUCCGAUUUUGCCGUCUUCGUGCCCACGGUAAAUAAGUGCAUGCUGCGCAACCGUAUCUCUCAUCCCAGAUACGAGAAUCUGAUUUCCAAGCUACUGAACGGAGAGCGAUUACCUCAAGACAUCAGCCUUUCGGAACUCCCUGAAAGUUCAAAGACAGCUGAGUUCUCGGCUCCAGCCGAGGCAACAAAGAUGACCGUCAACCAACAGCAUCUCAAACAGGCUUGGGACGUAUCACAGGUCUCUACGAAAGACGAUUGGGUUGACUGGAUGCAUAGGAUCUCUGUCGAGUUUAUGAAAGAAUCACCUUCCCAUGCCUUACGUGCUUGCAUGAGUCUAGUUGAUCUCCAUCCUCCCCUCGCAAAGGAACUGUUCAACGCGGCGUUCAUCUCCUGCUGGGGAGAGCUCUAUGAACAGUACCAGGAAGACCUAGUUCGAUCAAUCGAGACUGCUAUCACGUCGAGCUUCGCUCCUUCCGAUGUGGUGCACCGCCUUCUCAAUCUUGCAGAAUUCAUGGAGCAUGAAGAGAAGGCGUUGCCAAUCGAGAACCGGACACUCGGCGAAUAUGCAAUGAAAUUCCAUGCUUAUGCCAAAGCGUUACACUACAAAGAGUUGGAGUUCUUCACAGAGACGUCGCCUACAAUCAUAGAGGCGUUGCUUAGCAUUAAUUCGAAGCUUCAGCAGCAUGAUGCCGCAUGGGGCACACUACUCAUCGCUCGUGAGCAAUAUGAUGUCAGCAAACACGAAGAAUGGUAUGAGCGGCUAGGCCGAUGGCAGGAGGCUCUGGCAACGUAUGAGAAGAAAACACAUUACGAUCCAGAUAAUCUUGACGUGGCUAUUGGACGUAUGAGAUGUUUGCACGCUCUUGGGGAAUGGACCGAACUUGCUCAUCAAGUCGAAGAGAACUGGGCCAAAGCAAGUCACGAGGACCGCCGAGAAAUCGCACCAAUGGCUGCUGCCGCCGCUUGGUCUCUUAAUGAUUGGGGCUCUAUGGAAGAUUAUAUCGCUACCAUGAAGCCGGACUCUGCAGAUCGCCCCUUCUAUAGAGCAAUUUUGUCUGUUCAUCAGAAUCAAUUCCCUAAGGCUAUGGCACAUAUUACCAAAGCCCGUGAUAUGCUAGACCCGGAACUAACAUCUUUAGUGGGCGAGAGUUAUGGCCGAUCAUACAACACAAUGGUCCGGGCUCAAAUGCUGUCUGAGCUGGAAGAGAUUAUCGCUUACAAACAGUUUGCUGAUCAGUCUGAACGCCAGACAUCUAUGCGGAAAACGUGGAUGAAGAGAUUGCAGGGCUGUCAGCCGGAUGUUGAAGUCUGGCAGCGCAUCCUUCAGGUUCGAGCACUGGUCGUAACACCUGAAGAUGAUCCAGUAAUGUGGAUUAAAUUUGCCAACCUAUGUCGGAAAUCGGAUCGAAUGUUUUUAGCAGAGAAGACCAUAAACUCCCUUCUAUCCUCCGAUCGCGCACCUAAUAUUGUGGUCUAUGCCCACCUGAAGUAUAUAUGGGCAUCCGGUUCCCGAGAGGAGAGUUUGAGCCACCUGCGGCAAUUCUCUGCGAACUUGCAAAGAGCUCUUCAAGCCGAGUCAGCUAGCCAUGCGCAGCCAGAUGUUGCGAGGCCAAAGGCAAGUCAGAAACUCGACGAGCUUUCUCGGUUGCUCGCUCGGUGCUACUUCAAGCAAGGCGAGUGGCAAGUCGCCCUCAAAGACGAUUGGGAAUCUCGCAACAUAAAAGACAUUCUACAUUCAUACUUCCUUGCCACUCACUACGACUCUCUGUGGUACAAGGCCUGGCACACCUGGGCUCUGGCUAACUUUGAAGUGGUUGGUUACUUGGAAAGCCAGUCCGAAAGCAGAGUAAACGGGGUUCCGCCUGACGAUCUGGCUGUGCAUGUUGUGCAAGCGGUCGACGGCUUCUUCCGAUCGAUCUCCUUGCGAAACGAGAACGCGCUCCAGGAUACUCUUCGAUUAUUGACACUUUGGUUCAAAUAUGGAGGACAUGAAGAUGUCAGUCAUGCCAUGAGCACUGGGUUCACGGACCUGGAAGUCGAUACAUGGUUGGAAGUAAUUCCCCAAAUCAUCGCUCGCAUUCAAACCCCUAGUGAAAACAUCCGUAACAAUAUCAACAACCUCCUCAGUGAUGUCGGGAAGCAUCACCCUCAGGCCCUUGUUUAUCCCCUCACCGUCGCUUCCAAAUCCUCCAGCCAUACACGCAAAGAGGCCGCAAGUACGAUCAUGAAUCGAAUGAGGGAACACAGUCCAACAAUUGUGGAGCAGGCUCUUCUGGUUAGCCAUGAGCUGAUCAGGGUAGCAAUUCUCUGGCACGAGAUGUGGCAUGAGGGUCUUGAAGAAGCAUCACGUCUAUAUUUUACAGAUCACGACCCUGAGGGUAUGAUCGUCUUCUUGGAGCCAUUACACGACAUGCUUGAAGCCGGACCCAAAACAUCGCGAGAAACAUCUUUCGCUCAAGUCUUUGGGAGGGAUUUGCACGAAGCUCGCGAAGCUUGUAGGCGUUGGCGAGUCUACGCGGAACAGAGAGACCUUGAUAGAGCUUGGGAGAUAUACUAUGGGGUCUUCAAGCAAAUCGAAAAACAGCUACCUAAAUUGACGACCUUAGAUCUUCAAUUUAUCUCACCGGAAUUGCUCAAAGCUCGUGAUCUUGAGCUCGCCGUGCCAGGCACAUAUCAAAGUGGGCGACCGGUUGUCACGAUCGUUAGUUUUGCCACGAAGUUAUCCGUCAUUCAGUCCAAGCAACGACCACGUCGUUUGUCGUUGCGAGGGAGCGAUGGCAAGGAUUAUCAAUAUAUCCUGAAAGGCCACGAAGAUUUGCGACAGGAUGAGCGAGUCAUGCAAUUAUUCAGUUUGGUCAAUAAUCUCCUCUCCGUGGAUACAAACUGCUUCAAGAGGCGUCUGCACAUUCAACGAUUUCCUGUCACACCUUUGGCCCCUAACGCAGGUCUGCUUGGUUGGGUGCGAGAUAGCGACACUAUGCAUGUCCUCGUCCGCGACUAUCGCGAAUCUCGCAAGAUUCUUUUGAAUAUUGAGUAUAGACUGAUGCUUCAGAUGGCUCCCGACUAUGAGAACUUGACACUACUUCAAAAGAUAGAAGUUUUCGAGUAUGCUCUCGAGAAUACCACCGGCCAGGAUCUAUAUCGAGUGCUUUGGCUCAAGAGCGUUAACUCUGAGCAUUGGUUAGAGCGCCGCGCGACGUACACACGAUCUCUGGCAGUAAAUAGUAUGGUCGGUCACAUCCUAGGAUUGGGUGACCGACACCCGUCGAACUUACUGCUUGUACGCAACACGGGCAAAAUUGUGCACAUUGAUUUUGGCGACUGUUUCGAAGUUGCGAUGCAUCGUGAGAAGUUCCCGGAGAAGAUUCCAUUUCGACUAACCAGGAUGCUCACCCAUGCAAUGGAGGUUAGCGGCAUUGAAGGUAGCUUCAGGAAUACCUGCGAGAUCAGUAUGAAAGUCCUUCGAGAUAACAAGGAAUCUCUCAUGGCGGUCUUGGAGGCUUUUGUAUAUGAUCCACUUAUCAAUUGGAGACUGAUGCAGGCCGAUGUCGAAGUUCGUCAACCCGAUGGCGCGGAUCGUGGUCGCACGGAGAUGAUUCGCGCAGCAGCUUAUCCACAAGGACCUAUCCGUAAAGCCAAAGCAGAUGAGAAUGACAUUUUCAGCGAGCAUCAGGAGAUCCGUAACGAACGCGCCUUGUUCGUCUACAAUCGAGUGCAACAUAAGCUGACAGGCCGUGAUUUCAAUCCCGAUAUUGUGCUUAAUGUGCCCGCUCAGGUGGACAAGUUAAUCAUACAAGCUACUUCACUUGAAAACUUAUGUCAAUGCUUCUCUGGAUGGUGUGCAUUUUGGUGA